UCAAAAAUGUAAUGGUUGUAAUGUCAUUAACCAAAAAUGGCAACAAAAUAUUAUGUUGAAACUGAUAUUGUGUCUGGUUUUAUUUUUUAGCAGCAUCUUUUUCUUUCUGACCAUAUUUGGUUUAUGAAUUUGGUACAAUCCAAAAAUGUUGGUCUCAGACAAUGGCUUAAGUGGGACCAAUGAUAUUCUGGUCAAAAUCGUCAGUCCAGAAGGCCAAAUAUUCUCUGCGUACUUCGCAGAAGAUACUUUGAUUGAGGAGUUGAAGAAUCGUGCUGUGGACUUCUUCUAUCCCACUGGGGAAACGAGGUCUGGUCGCUUCAAGAUUGUAAGAGUGUGUGAUACGUCAACCUUGCAUGAUUUCCUCACUUUGGCGCAGGAGGAAGUCAUGAUGCAUGAAGAGUUAUUACUAAUAGAGCGUAGGGGUACCGAAGCUGGUACGCUAUGGGAUUUAGGAGCUGUUCGAGCUCCUCAGCAUGCUGCAAUAGUGGCUGCAACAGCUUCUCUACCCAUCCCACAAAAUAUAACACGCCAACCAAAUCUACAAGCACUGUUAUCCACGAACGAGCUAUCUUACGAACUGAAGAAGAUAUUAAUUUCUCUGAUAGAAGCCGGAGCAAGAUUAGCAGCAGCGGGACGUAAUUACGAGCUAACAUUAGCUCAAUUAUCAGCAGCGUUAGAUGAACCAAGACGCCAAAGAAUCGUAGCACAAGUCAUCACCCCUGAAGAGUUAGCUUCAAAACUUAACAAAGAAAUCGAUAAUAAAACCGAACCAGAUAAAUCUAGUGCUCAUAACACACGUGCAGAUUGUUUGGAGAAUUUUUUAAACAAAUUCCGAGCGUGGAGAAGAAGGAUAAUUGAACCACCGAAUCCUGAAGCAAUAGCAACGUUACGGAAUCUAGGGUAUUCUUUUGAGAAAGCAGAUGAAGCGUUGCGGUGUACGGGGUGCAAUGUACCCGCUGCAGCGUCGUGGUUGAUUGGCGAACGAGGUUCAAGCGUUUUUGAACUUGUCAAUGGACUUCCCGAAGGAGUUAUUCUCCAGACUUUGUUGAAGCAACCCCACAUUCAGCGUGGAUUGUUGAACACUAGAAUGUUAAUAGCCUUCAUAGCGAUGGUUGGGCAGACGGGCAGUGCGUCGUUAUGGUUGAAUUCUCCCCAUGGAAGUCCGUUGCUUACACAAAUCUCGAGGACGUAUCACUCAGAGAAAUACUGUUUGGCUGUGAACCAGUUUUCGGAAAGGCAGGAGAAUGCUACGGCGCCGUCGACUUCGAGGCAGAGAAAUUGAAUGUCGAUUAAUUUCCCUAUGCUUUUAUUAUAGUAGAUUUUGGAAUAUUUCGAUGAAUAUUGUUUUAGUGUUUUAAUAAACGUGAAAUUAUUGUU